AUGGACAAGUCUUGGGUCUGGCUUCCAAGGGCCAGCCUUGAGUUUCAGACAGGGGCAACUAAUUUUGUGCAUGCAUCUGCACUGAGAUUGGGUAAUCCUAGUGACAUGUUUUGUCCCUGUAUAGAUUGCCGCAAUAUGUGCCAUCAGCCGAUAGCUACAGUGUUGGAACAUUUAGUGAUUAGGCGCAUGGAUCAGAAAUACAAGAGAAAUUCAUGUUGGAGUAAGCAUGGGGAUAUUAAGACUGAUAAGUCAGCGGAAGAUCCGAAAGUUGAGUUAGAUGUUUAUGACUUGAUUAGGACAGCUUUCAUUGAUGGUGAUUCUCAACCUACGAGCUACUUUGGAGAUCAGGCAGAUGUUGUUGAUGGUGGUAGUGAAGAGUCUGAGUUUAGGAAGAAGCUCGAUGAUGCUGAAACUCCACUAUACUCCAACUGUCCCAACUACACGAAGGUGUCUGCAAUUAUGGGGCUUUACUGCCUCAAAGUCAAGAGUGGAAUGUCAGAGAACUAUUUUGAUCAGCUGCUGACGAUGAUUCAUGAUAUGCUUCCCACGGAUAAUGUUCUCCCGCAAUCAACAUAUGGGAUAAAGAAGUUCCUAAAGAUGUUUGGCUUCGGAUAUGAUAUGAUUCAUGCAUGUAAGAACGAUUGUGUUCUAUACCGGAAGGAAUACGAGGCUAUGGAAAGCUGUCCAAGGUGUAGUGUAUCAAGAUGGGAGAGAGAUAAGCAAACUGGUGAGGAGAAAAAGGGGAUACCAGCCAAGGUAUUAAGAUAUUUUCCAAUCAAAGACAGAUUGAGACGGCUCUUUAGAUCCAGAAGGACGGCUGAAGAGGUUCGUUGGCAUUUCAACAAUAAGAGUUUAGAUGGUACCAUGAGGCAUCCAAUGGACUCUUUAACGUGGGCCAAUGUGACUGAUAAAUGGCCAGAGUUUUCAGCUGAACCAAGAAACCUCCACCUUGGUAUCUCUACAGAUGGGAUGAAUCCUUUCUGCCUUCAGUCCAGCACAUACAGCACAUGGCCAGUGUUCUUAGUUAACUAUAACAUGCAUCCAACAUUGUGUAUGAAAGCAGAGAAUAUAAUGCUGAGUCUGUUGAUCCCAGGACCUACAUCACCAGGCAACAACAUUGACGUCUAUCUAGCUCCAUUGAUAGAUGACCUUAAGGAAUUGUGGAAUGAGGGACUUGUGGUUUACGAUUCAUUUAUGAAGGAGAAUUUUACAAUUAAAGCAAUGUUGUUGUGGAGUAUCACUGAUUAUCCUGCUUUAGGAACAUUAGCUGGGUGUAAGGUGAAAGGCAAACAGGCGUGUGUUGUGUGUGGAAAGGAUACACCUUUUAGGUGGUUGAAAUUCAUUCGGAAUCAUGUUUAUUUGGGAAACAAAAAAAGACUUAGACCUGGACAUCCUUAUAGAAGAAGAAAAAAAUGGUUUGACAACACUGUGGAGGAAGGGAGUGCGAGUAGAAUUGAAAGUGGAGCAGAAAUUUUUAACAUACUCAAGGAUUUGAAAGUUGAGUUUGGCAAACCGUUUGGGGAAAAAAGUAAAAGGAAACGAAAAGGAGUAUCUGUUGAUGAGGUACCUUUGGACGAAGAAGACGAUGAAGACAAUGAUAAUUGGAGGUGGAAGAAACUGUCCAUCCUAUUUGAGUUACCUUAUUGGAAGGAUAUGCCGGUUCGUCACAAUAUUGAUGUGAUGCAUGUUGAGAAGAAUGUGUCAGAUGCUAUAUUGUCUAUUCUUAUGCAAUCUGCUAAGUAA